AUGAGAAACAGAAGAAAUGGCACUUUGGAAGGUUCAAAAGUUCUUUACUCCAGUAUAUCUCGCAGCACCGAUGUGUCGUACAAUGACUGUGAUUUGGUCACCUUCAUUCAAGAACAUUUUAAGAAGAGAGAAUGUGUCUUCUUCACAAGAGAUGCCAAGUCAAUGGACAACUUGUGUAAGUGUGGGUAUUCCAAAAGCCAACAUAUAGAGGGGACGCAGGUAAAUAACACUGAGAAAUGGAGUUAUAGGAAACACACAAAGGAACUUCCCACUGAUGCUUUUGGUGACAUUCAGUUUGAAAAUCUUGGGAAAAGAGGGAAGUACAUCCGGUUGUCCUAUGACACAGACUCUGAAAUGCUCUAUGAUCUGAUGACUCAACACUGGCACCUGAAAAAUCCCAACCUUGUCAUCUCAGUCACAGGGGGAGCAAAAAACUUUGCUCUAAAGCCGCGGAUGCGCAAGAUAUUCAGCAGGCUGAUCUACAUUGCCCAGUCCAAAGGGGCCUGGAUUUUCACAGGAGGCACUCACUAUGGACUGAUGAAAUAUAUUGGAGAGGUGGUGAGAGACAACACCAUCAGUAGGAGCUCAGAGGAGAACGUGGUGGCUAUCGGCAUAGCAGCCUGGGGCAUGAUUUCCAACCGGGAUAGUCUGAUCAGAAGCAGCGAUACUGAGGGGUACUAUUCAGCCCACUACAUAAUGGAUGACCUUAAGAGGGACCCAUUGUAUUGCCUGGACAAUAACCACACCCACCUAUUGCUGGUCGAUAACGGCACCCAUGGAUAUCCAGCAAUAGAGGCUAAGCUACGGACACAGUUAGAAAAAUACAUUUCGGAACGCGUUAUCCCAGAUUCUAAUUAUGGUGGGAAGAUUCCGAUUGUGUGUUUCACCCAAGGAGGAGGGAAAGAAACUCUGAAGGCCAUCAAUGUUGCCAUCAAGAGUAAAAUUCCCUGCAUAGUAGUGGAGGGCUCAGGUCUGAUUGCUGAUGUAAUAGCGAGCUUAGUGGAGGCAGAAGGCACUCUAGCCUCUUCAUCUGUCAAGGAGAGGCUGCUCCGAUACCUGCCGCACACUGUUUCGAGACUCACGGAAGAGGAGACUGAAAGCUGGAUCAGAUGGAUCAAAGAAAUCCUGGAAAACCCUCACCUGCUAACUGUUAUUAAAAUAGAAGAAGCUGGAGAUGAAAUCGUGAGCAAUGCCAUUUCGUUUGCGCUGUAUAAAGCUUUCAGUACCAAUGAACAGGAUAAAGAUAACUGGAAUGGGCAGCUGCAGCUGCUGUUGGAGUGGAACCAACUGGACCUGGCCAGUGAUGAGAUCUUCACCAAUGACCGGCGCUGGGAGUCUGCAGACCUUCAGGAUGUCAUGUUUAUAGCUCUUAUCAAGGACCGGCCCAAAUUUGUUCGCCUCUUUCUGGAGAAUGGCUUGAACCUGAGGAAGUUUCUUAGCAAGGAGGUCCUUACAGAGCUUUUCUCCAACAACUUUAGCAGCCUGGUGUUUAAGAACCUGCAGAUUGCUAAGAACUCCUAUAAUGAUGCACUCCUCACAUUUGUGUGGAAGAUGGUUGAGGACUUCCGAAGAAGCAUCAAAAAAGAGGAUAAGAACGGCAAGGAUGAGACAGAAAUACGGCUGUUGGAUGAAUCUUCUAUUACAAGGCAUCCCUUGCAAGCUCUCUUUAUCUGGUCAGUUCUUCAGAACAAGAAGGAGUUAUCCAAAGUCAUUUGGGAACAGACCAGGGGCUGCACUUUGGCAGCACUCGGGGCCAGUAAACUACUAAAAAGCCUGGCAAAAGUGAAGAAUGACAUUAAUGCUGCUGGGGAGUCUGAGGAGCUGGCAAAUGAAUACGAGACGAGAGCAGUAGAGCUGUUCUCUGAGUGCUAUAGCAGUGAUGAAGAGCUGGCUGAACAGCUGCUGACUUAUUCCUGUGAAGCCUGGGGCGGGAGCAAUUGCCUGGAACUUGCUGUGGAAGCUAAAGAUCAGCAGUUCAUUGCACAGCCGGGAGUGCAGAAUUUCCUUUCCAAACAGUGGUAUGGAGAGAUCUCGAGGGACACUAAGAACUGGAAGAUUAUAUUGUGUCUGUUCCUUUUCCCUUUAAUCGGCUGUGGUUUCAUCUCCUUCAGGAAAAAGCCCGUGGAGAGGAGCAAGAAGCUCUUGUUGUAUUAUGCCUCAUUCUUCACCUCCCCAUUUGUGGUCUUCUCCUGGAACGUCAUCUUCUACAUUGUUUUCCUGCUGCUCUUCGCCUAUGUCCUGCUCAUGGAUUUCCAGAAAGAACCCACCAUGCUGGAACUCAUCCUCUAUGUUCUGGUCUUCAUCCUGCUUUGUGAUGAAGUGAGACAAUGGUACAUGAAUGGGAAUAAAUAUUUCUCAGAUCUGUGGAACAUCAUGGAUACGCUUGGAAUCUUUUACUUCAUAACAGGGAUUAUAUUCAGGCUCCGUUCCUCCAAUGAAAACUCCUGGUACUCUGGGCGAGUCAUUUUUUGCCUGGACUACAUCAUUUUUACUCUAAGGCUGAUCCACAUUUUCACAGUUAGCAGGAAUCUAGGACCAAAAAUUAUUAUGCUUCAGAGGAUGAUGAUUGAUGUCUUCUUCUUCCUGUUCCUCUUCGGUGUGUGGAUGGUAGCCUUUGGCGUGGCCAGGCAGGGCAUCCUGAGGAAGAAUGAGUACCGCUGGGAAUGGAUCUUCCGAUCAGUUAUCUACGAGCCUUACCUGGCCAUGUUUGGCCAGUACCCUGAUGACAUUGAUGGUACCACAUACAAUUUUGAUCGCUGCACCUUCUCCGGGAAUGAGUCUAAACCUUUGUGUGUAGAACUGGAUGCUAACAACCAUCCCCGCUUCCCGGAGUGGAUCACCAUCCCCCUGGUGUGCAUCUACAUGCUCUCCACCAACAUCCUCCUGGUUAACCUGCUGGUUGCCAUGUUCGGUUACACGGUUGGAUCAGUACAAGAAAACAACGACCAGGUGUGGAAGUUCCAGCGCUAUUUCUUGGUUCAGGAGUACGGCAGCCGUUUGACUAUUCCAUUUCCCUUCGUCAUCUUUGCCUACAUCUACAUGGUGAUGAAGAAAUGCUUUAAAUGCUGCUGUAAAAAAGAAUGCAAAGAGCCAUCCAUCUGUUGCUCAAAAUAUGAGGACAAUGAAACGCUUGCAUGGGAAGCAGUCAUGAAAGAAAAUUACCUCGUCAAAAUCAAUUCCAAAGCAAACGAUUCAUCAGAGGAGAUGGCACAUCGAUUUAGACAACUGGAUAUGAAGCUUAAUGAUCUGAAAGGCCUUCUGAAAGAGAUUGCUAACAAAAUAAAAUAAAAGCAACUUGAAAGCAGAGGCGGCAAACCUCAGCAAUGUACUGACUUGUUCACACUAAUUUCUAGGAGACGUCUCAAAGCGAAUCGUAUCCUGCCACAAAUGGCAGCACCUGGAAAGGCGUGAGGAGGAUGCGUGGUGCUUUUAAAAUGACAUUUCUGCUUUUUGCGUCUCAGAGCUCUGGGCUCUUUUAUUUCCAUGGUCAUCUUACAUACUGAUGAUAAAAAAUUAUCCUCCUAGUUGAGCUCCAAAUUCUAGAAGCUGAUCUGUUGCUUUUCUUCUCAGUCUUUAGUUAUUGGCUGUAAGCAGAUAGCUCUCAUCAGCUGCUCAGAGAUCACUUUCCUAACUCCAACAA